UUCCUUGGUCCCUGGAACUUGACCCAGCAGGCCUAUAGCUAGCUUUCCUUUGAUUUCCAGCCAUUAGCAGGCUGUCCUAGGAAGGGCUUGCAGUCUGAGUUUUGCAUUGUCUGUAUGAUAUAAGGAAUACAACUUUGUGCUGACUGAAAGGUAACAUUUUAUCUGGAAUAGUACUCUGAUUUCUGACACUAAUGGCCUUAAACAAAAUGGAGGGUUUCAAAUUUGAUGGAACAGAGCGCCUAGCUGCAGACUAUGUGAAGGGAAUUCUUCAACCCAUUACCACCUGUGCCAUCUGGGAUCAGAUCUGGAACUUCCAAGCCAAGCCUGAUGAUCUGCUUGUUUCUACCUAUCCUAAAGCAGGAACAACAUGGACUCAGGAGAUAGUGGACUUGAUACAAAAUGAAGGUGAUGUUGACAAAGGUCUCCGAGCACCUACUCAUAUACGAUUUCCUUUCAUUGAACUGAUGAUCCCAUCUGUAGCAAGUGGUUUGGAACAAGCUAAUGCAAUGCCCUCACCCCGGAACCUGAAAACACAUCUUCCCAUCCAGUUGCUGCCACCAUCCUUCCUAGAGAAAAACUGUAAGAUAAUCUAUGUAGCAAGAAAUCCCAAGGACAAUAUGGUGUCUUAUUACCAUUUCCAUAGGAUGAAUAAAUCACUUCCCGCUCCAGGAACCUGGGAAGAGUAUUUUGAGAGUUUUCUGGCUGGUAAAAUAUGCUGGGGUUCCUGGUAUGACCAUGUGAAAGGAUGGUGGGAAGCCAAAGACCAACACCGCAUUCUCUACCUCUUCUAUGAGGACCUGAAGAUGAACCCAAAGCAUGAAAUUCGGAAGCUGGCAGAAUUCAUUGGAAAGAACCUAGAUGAUGAAGUUCUAGAUAAAAUUAUCCAUCACACUUCAUUUGACAUUAUGAAGCAAAAUCCAAUGGCAAACUAUUCAUCAAUUCCUACUGAAAUCAUGAACCACUCUAUUUCUCCAUUCAUGAGAAAAGGGGAAGUUGGAGACUGGAAACAUCACUUUACUGUGGCUCAGAAUGAGAGAUUUGAUGAAGACUACAAGAAGAAAAUGGCUAAUACCAGUCUAACUUUCCGCUUCCAAUUCUAGCAUCCACUGGGGGUCUUGAAACAUAUCCACCGUGGAUGAGGGGGUCUACUGGACCCAUUGUGAGAGGCCCAGAGAGCAAGAAAGUUUAUUACAAGAGAAUAGCUGAAAACUCCCCAAAUAUGAGGAAAGAAGUAGAAGGACAACUUCAAGAAUCUCAAUGAACUCCACUAAAAUAAACUGAAAUAAAUCUACACUGAGAUACAUUAUGAUAAGCUGUCAAAAGUCACAAAGGGCAGGCGUGGUGGCUCAGGUCGUUAAAGCACCGUGCUCCUAACACCGAGGUCGCCGGUUCAAUUCCCACAUGGGCCAAUGAGCUGCGCCCUUUACAGCUAAGAUUGUGAACAAUUGCUCUCCCUGGAGCUGGGCAGCCGUGAGCAGCUGGAGGUCGGCAUGGGCUGCCGCGGAGCUUCCAUGGGCUGCCGUGGGCUGCCAUGGCUGAUACGAUUGGCCGGAGGCCAUCGCGAAUGGCCGGCAGCCAGCGAGAGCUGCCGUGAGCUGCUGUGAGCAUCCGACUGACAACCGAUGACCGAAUAUGACAGCAGGGAGGAGUGCAAGGCUCAUAAUACUAGCAUGGGCCAAGGAGCUGUGUCCUACACAACUAGACUGAGAAACUACAGCUUGAACCGGA